AAGCGUUUACAGCGGGUGAGGAGUCAGUCUCAUAAAAUUAAAACUACACUAACGCUAUAUAUUACUAUAUAUAUAUAUAUAUUUUUCAGUAUUUAUUUUAUUUUCUUUCAGUAGGAUAGUACUAUAGGAUGUAUUUUAGAUUUCCGUAGUGUUUGACGACGACUUGACCAAUCACCAACGUGAAAUGUUGUCGUUCUACGUUAGCAAACAUCGGAAGUUCCCCUUUAAUUUUUUCAUCUUACAUUAACGUUACCCAGAAGAGUGGCGAGACGUCAGAAAAUAUCAACACACAUCCUUGUGGUCAGUGUUUUCCAAACGGUCCAUCCGUCCUCUGGAACAGCUCUCAUUCUUGUGAAGGGGCAGGAAAGAAACCCAGCAGACAGAGAGAGAGACAGGAAGGACUCAGAAUGCCUCUGUUCUUCAGAAAGAGAAAACCCAGCGAGGAUUCCCAGAAGAGACUGGAGUAUCAGCUGUGCCGGUCUAAGGAGGUAGGUGCUGAUGAUAUCCUGGACAUCUCAGCUUGCGAGCUUUCAGAGGUUCCCCCCAGUGCCUUUUCCAUUUGCAGGGUGCUACAGAAAAAGGUCCUUAUCCUGCAUAACAAUGAGCUGAGGUCAUUGCUUCCCAGAGGAUGUGACAUCAGCACUCUUGCGUCUUUAAAGGUUUUAGAUCUGCAUGAGAACAAGCUCGCCUCUCUCCCAGAAGACAUUGGGAAGCUGGCCUCACUGCAGAUUCUGAAUGUGGAGAAAAACCGUUUAAAGGCCCUGCCAGACUCCAUCAUGGAUCUGAAGCUUCUGCAGACAUUUAAUUUGAAGGGUAACUGUCUCAGUGAGCUACCUUCAUCUAUUGGCUCUUUGAGCAGCCUGCGCACCCUGGACCUGAGUGACAACAACAUCGUCCAACUACCCAAAACUCUGGCCUACAUCCGCACACUAGAGAGCUUUACACUUGAUGCUGCCAUGAUGUCCUACCCACCUGUGUCUGUGUGUACAGAGGGCACAGAGAGCAUCCAGCGCUUUCUAUGUUCCGAGCUUGGAGAGGAGUACUGCCCACCAUCCCAGUAUCUCCUGCCGGUGCUUGAGAGUGACUGUGGCAAGCAGAACUCUGACUGUUUGGAUGGCUUGGAGGUGGCCUGGCAGAACAAAUUCAGUGACUACGAGAAGAGAAAGGAGCAGAAGCAGCAGCAGAAGCUGGCCUUUGAGCGGCACCUGGAGGAGAAGCAAAAGGAGCAGACCCAGCUCAUACUCAUGAACACCUCCCGCAAGGAAAACAUGCUCAACUCGGUCCGACAGGAACAGGAGCGUCUGGAGCAGGGGGUCAGCCAGCAGCAGAGGGCUCAGGAGGCCGAGAGGCUGCUGGUGCUGGAGAAAGUCCGACAAGCUGAAGACAACAUCAGCAGUCGCAUUGACAAUAUGCUGAUGGAUAAAAACAGGCAGAAAAAAAGUGCAGAGUUUCUUCAAGCCAUGGAGGAAGAUCGGAUCCGUAUGGAGCAUUUGGCUGCCAUCACACAGGAAGAAGCCAAUUCAUUGAGGAAGAGGGAGGUGGCAGCGGCCAUGCAGAAGAUGCUGUCUGAUAGCUGUGCUAUGAGCCUCCUGCAGGAGGCCAGUGACUUCCGUAGACAGAGCCUGGUGUCUGAGACCUACAGAAGUAUGGAGACUUUGGACAGGAAGUUUGAUAAGAUGCUGUCCCUUCAAGUUUUGGACAAAUCUAAAGCCAUCGCCCACAUCUUACAGGAGGAGGAGAUGCAGAAAGCAGCGUUCCAGGCCCUGCAGCUGCAGAAAGAUGCUGUGCAUGGCUAUAUCCGCAACCAGAUCAAGCUCAUAGAGAGUGAAUUAAAGCAGCUUACUAAAUUGGAGAUUAAAAGACGCAAUCUGGAUGCUGAGAACCUGCAGGAGGUUCUGGUGGAGCAGCGUACAGCACUCAGUGAUUUGUUGCAGCAGCUGCUGAAGCAAAGAGACCAGAGAGAGCAAGAGUUGCACCAGGUUCUGGUGGAGAUAGAGCAGAAGUCUGAGUCCAACCAGCGGAAUUACUGGAUGAUCCAGUACCAGAGACUGUUGGAUGCCAAGCCCUUGUCACUGCGGAUGCAGGAAGCAGGCCUGGAGAAAGAGUUAGUCAACCUGAUGUGCAAACUGUCAGCUCAGCACUACCUGCCCAUCCUAGCUCAUCACCAAGUGACGACUGAGGCCCUUCGCCACAUGAGCUCCUCUGACCUCAAGAAGCUUGGCAUAAAUGAAAUAGGAAUCCAGAAAGCUCUCCUGAACUGGGCUCGCGAACACCACCCUAAAGGAGCUUGUAAGGCUGUCCAGCAGGAAGAGGAGGCAGAGGUCAUCCCCACAGUUCCAUCUCCUUCCUUCUCUCCGUUGCUUCCCAACACCUCGACCUUCCAAAUCAGCCCACCACUCACCCCAGGGACCCCUGUCACCCCUUCAGCCCCCAGCCCUGUGGAGGGACCAGGGAGCUCAGAGUGUGUGGUCUGCAUGGAGACCGGGUCCCAGGUGGUCUUCCUGCCCUGUGGUCAUGUAUGCUGUUGUCAGGUCUGCAGCGACGCUCUGCAGAACUGCCCUCUUUGUCGUAGCAACAUAUCCCAGUACAUACGUCUCUACUACAGCUAGAGCCAACUGCAACACUGUGCUAGCCUUCACCAACUGCACCUCCCUUUAUGUAUGCAUGAUGAAAAGGUGCUGUGAGCUAUGUAUGGAAAAGCUUUUAGCUGGGUUUUCAAAUAGCUGAGCCACUUUCCUCUACUAACCAUAGAGUACUUUGUGUUGUAUAUGCAGAAACAAGUUUAAAUAGAACUAUUUUUAAUGGUUUGUGUUUUUGGUUGUCACUGGCGUGUAGUAAUUUGUUGUUCUUUUUAAAUUCUAUAAUUUGUAAUAUAAAUAUUAAGAGCCAAGUGGAUUACAGCAUUCACUGACUGUUCUUUGCCUUAUUAUACCCUCUCAAUUGAUGGGUGCCUUUUUCUGGAACUCUCUCUUUUUUGUUUUUACAAUACUUUGUUGUUGUCAACCAAAGUAACAUCUGUCAAACAUGUAUAUAAGUUAAGUAAUACAUUAUCUAUUGAUUGUUAUUUCUGUCUGCUGUCAUUGCACCACUAAUGCAACCUCAUGUUGUAGCUCUUCAGUCAUUACAUACAACUUGUCUUGUCCUCACUGCCAGAGUCCUCCAGGUCCCUCUGCUCCUGCUGGAAUCAUUAUCUAGUGUUAAUACCCCUGGUGCCUCCCAGUCUUUAUCCUGUUACUAGGAUUGUAAUAGUGUAUCCUGCUAUAGUACAUGGCCCCAGGUUUGCUGUGUGGCAAUCUGUAAUAGAUGUAGAAAUAAGUAUCAUAUAAGCAUGUUUGAAAUAAUGAAGAGCCCAAAGGGACUUGUAUGUCAGGUUUAGUUUAAGUUGCGAGUACUACUCAUCAUUUAAAACUGUUGUAAAUUUUCUUUGGCUCUAGAGUGAGCUUUUGAGAACAUAGUAUGUCGUCAGUUUGAAAGACAUGGGUGUUUACCUGACAGGCGGGAUCUAGUCAAGGAUGCUGUUGAGCUGCAUUGUGGGAAAUUAGGAUCCAGUGUUCUUGGAGCGUGACCCAUACUGAACACUAAAAGUCAGGGUUGCUCAGCGUCUGCUGCUUUGAUUGACCUGUAUGAAAGUGCAAUACUAAAUUGGUGGAGUACUCCUUUUAACCAGAUUCUGACAAAUGUUAAGCAGGAUCCACCUUAUCCAAUAAUGUGCAAGAUGAUCUUGUGCUUUAGUGGUGCAUAUGUUCCCAUAUGUUUUUCCCAACAAAGUUACAAUUAAUCAAAUAACAACAAUCAAUGUGCAAUACAAUCCAGCAGGGCCAUUUGGGGACUUCUGGGGGUCUGUGGUUCCUAGCCAGUUGCUUGCUUACUUAAUUGGUAUUCCAGGCUUGUACCUUGUUUUAGUUUCCUUUCCACUUGUCUCUGACAUAUCUUUCGAUUCCACUGUUAUUUGACUUGCUGUAUAUGGUGCACGUGUAUGAACGACUAACACAUCACCUGUCUGUAGCCAUCACUAAUGCUAUUGUACUCUUUCAAGUGCUCUUAACUUUUACUUCUCAGCAUGUUUCAGGAAAUAUCUUAACUUAUAUGAGUCUGUUAAAUGUUGUAAGAGAUUUCACUUCCAUAUAAAUCAGACAUUUCAUGUCAUCAGAUGAUGUGGUAUAAAGUAAAUGUAUCAUUUUUCUGCUCUCACCUUGUGGUCAAUGAAGCUUUGUGUUGCUGAAGAGAUGCACUGCUCUGCAAGCAGGGACACCUGAAAAUGAACUGAAAUACAGUCUACUAUAUGCAAAGUACUCCAUUACAAGUGAAAGUCAAACAUUCUAAAUCUUUAGUAAAAGUACAGAAGCAUUAUCAAAAAAAUUCACUUAAAAUAUAAAAGGUAAAAGUACUGGCAGAUAUACAUUAAUAUAUACAAUAUGACAUUAUUAGAUUGUUGACCCUGAUGCAUUUUACUGUUGGAGCUAGUUUGAACUAUUUAAUAUGUAGAUAGGCAGUUCGGUCCAGUGAUUUGAAAUGCAGGUGUCAGGACCCAAAGGGUCGCAAGAACAGUGUGAGAAGUCGUGAUAUGAUUUGUGAGGGUUGGAAAGAAGAAACAGAAAGAAAAAAGAAGAAAAAUCUGCUGCACAAAUUUGAAUAAACCUU